AUGAGAGCACAGGAGCAACAACAGGAGCAAUACUUGGGAAAACAAGAACAAUAUCUGAAGGAUCGAGAGCAACAAGAGCAUUGGCAGCAGCAAAUGAUGGAGAAGCAAGAAAACUUCCAGCUCAAGAUGUUGGAUCAACAGAGAGAGUUUCAAGCAAGAAUUCUUGAGGGGCAAAGGGAACAAUCAGCAAACUUUCAAGAAUCAUUUAACAGAUUGUCCCUACGACAGGCCAAGUAUGGGGAGUACACCCAAAAUCUCUACCAAUGGAAGAACAUAUAUCAUACAAUUAGAGAACAUAGGAACUUUGACAGAAUAGAGUAUGAUAUAGCAACUCAAGCAAAGCUGGACUAUGUAGUCCAUAGCAUGCCAGCAUUGAACCAACAGAUCAAGCCAUUUGAGCAAUUCCAGGAAUUGGUAGACCAUCAGAGAGCACAAGCCAAUAAAAAUACAGCACACAUGCAACAAGGAUUGAAGGAUGCUGGGCUCUGGGGUCAGAUAGACCAUAUUUGGGAUCGAAGAUGCCCUGUUGAAGAAUCCCAAGAAACAAGCAAGAAGAGAAAGAAGAAGAAAGGAGAGUCCAACAAAGGCAAGGAGCACGAACAUUAG